AGUGAUCGGUCUAGGUUGCAACAGACCGCUUAAACGGCACUGAGGACCAUUUAACAUGACAUGUUUUUCGCUUCCUUCGCGUCAAUCCGACGCCCUUAGACGACCUUCCUAUUUAAAGAUCGCGGACUGAGUGAUUCCCAUAGCAUCCAUGUGAGGUAUUUAAACAGUUGCGUAUAUUGUUGAAUUAAACACAGCAAGCCGACAACAACAUUUCGCACUGAUCGACAAAUCAUCACUUACAAUGUCUGACUUGCACUUUCGCGUUGCCACCGAAGGUGAUGCUCCUCGCCUUCAGGAACUCAUCGAAGCAGCGUUCCGCUUCACAGACGCUCACAUCGACUGGGUCGGAUCUCCCGAAUUAGCUGAAACAUUCAACAUCGACAUAUCCGUCAUUAUCGACAGGAUCACUUCAAAUGAUAGUAAAUUCCUGGUCGCAAGUGACACCCCCAAUGGCCCUAUAAUCGGGUGCGUCAAUGUUAUGAGAAAGGCCCCGGAUUACGGCCGUUUGUGUCUACUUGCUGUCGACCCAACACUGCAGCGUGGAGGUCUGGGAAGAAAGCUUGUUGCAUAUGGAGAGGAGUAUCUCACGAAGGACUUCGGUGUUGGCAAGAUUGGGUUGAAUGCGUUGCACACGAGAAAGGCACUUAUUAGAUGGUAUGAGAAGUUGGGGUAUGUUAGGACGGGGGAGAUGACCAAGAUUCCACUUGAGAGGCUUGAAUCGGACACGCCUAUUGUGUUGGCCGAGUUGGAUAAGACUGCUGUUCCUUGAGCUGGGGUCUUAUACAAUGUGACGACGCCAGAGGAUGGACGUGCUGAUGUGCGAGAGAUUGGCAAAGUGAGCCAGCAUUCAGAUGCUUGCUUAGAGACAACGCCUUCUUGAGUAUUUUCACCGCAUGGAUGUGCAGAUCACCCGUGUCAACGUUGAAAUAAGACAUCAGUGCAAGUCUUUCGAAGGAAGAGGGAGACGGAAAGAAGUGCGAUUCUCAAUGUUACAUCCCGAUUAUUAUUCUCAUGUCUCCAUACAAUAACCAUUCCCGUCAAAUUGACGACAAUAUGAUAGUGAACAAACGGAUAUAGAUCAACAUUCUGAUCCAUGCCCAGUGAUAAAUAAACUUCAAGGUAGCACAAGAAGCCGAUCCGGACCCAUUUUCUAG